AUGGACCAAUAAAUUCUUUAAAGAUUUUAAAUGAUAAUGUAACCCAAAUUAAGGGUCCUAUAUUAUUGUCUGAAAUUAUUAAUAGUUAAAAUAACAUAGAUGGAAUAUAAAUAAAGAUUAUUAAACUUUCAUAUAUAACUUAUGAUAAUUAAACUUAAGAGUAGAAUUUUUUUUUACGCUAGAGGCGAAGACAGAUAUUUAUUUUAUCAAUAAAAUCAAUAAAUUUUAGAUGCAAUUUCUAUUAAAGAAGAAUAAAUACCAGUAUUAUUUUUAGGCUAAUCAAUGAAUCAAUUAAAUGGAAAAAUUUAUGUAAUUGAGAAAGAUUCAUAAAAUUUUGUAAUUACAUAUAUAAAUAUGAGUAUAGAAUUUUUAAAACAGGUAAUUUAAUCAAAUUUUUUUUUGAAUCCUAUUAAAUAAUUUACAUAAUUUGUAACAAAGACAUUAAAAAAGUUCAAAAUAAUUUGGAAAUUUUAGAAAUCCAUAAAAUUAAGGAAACAAUGAUUAAUACAUUACGCUCUCUAAAUUGAAUUCUAACUUAUAGUAUUUUUUCUAAAUUCUUUCUUUUAUUGAUGAUCAUUAUAUUUCUUAUGGAAAUGCAACCCUUUUUUUGGAUUUGAUUUUGAUUGAAUUAAUAGACUUGAUAAAUGUAGAUAAUAAUGCAAAAUUAUUUCUCUCAAUGAACUGUUAGAUUCUCGACAGUAUUAUAAUUGAGGGAAAUUUAAAGAUUAUUUUCUUCAGACUUAUAGACAAUAUUCAAUUUUGA